UAACUAAAACUGGUUAUAUAUUUUCUUGUCAACUCUCCUCUCUGCCUAUUUAACCUCUUUAGAGGAAGUGUUUCCCCACUCCUGCACAAGAAGACAAGCACUCUAUCAUCAAUCCUAAUAAAAACAAUUUAACCAAGAAACGUGUUUUCUCAACAUAUCUAGACUGAACUAAAAGUCAAUUCAGGCAGGCCUCUUACAUAUUAAACACCACUGCAUUCUAUCACGAUCAUCACCCUCACUCACCUUUGAAUCCUGUCCCAUACAGACACUCCAGAGAGUGACCCCAGAAGUUUACAUCAGUGCUGCUUCAUGGGCAGAAGGUGCUGUACAAUGUAACUGAGCUGCUCUGGCUUAGGGAAUGAGAGCCUUGAGGAUGUUGCAGGAGCUGUGGUGCCGCAAGCUACCAGGAUGGAGUUUUCACUGUUGUAUUUUAUCUAAAAUUGUUUGGUCUUUUUUUUUUUUUCUUUUUUUACUUAGAAUCAUAAUGUUAUUUUGAUGUGUUCAAUAGUCACAAUAAUCUCUGGUAAAUGACAUCCUGGCUGUCAUCCAAAGAAAAUUGUAACUGACAGUGUGCAAGCAUUGCACAGUCUUUUUCUGUGGGACUUGUAAAUUGUAAGUGUAAUCAGGAAAAGAUUUAAGAUAUGCAUAUUGUUGUGCAUAACCAUAUGCAUGUUAUGGUUGGAGGAAAAAUGAAAUGGACGCUUGCUAAGUGCCAGGUUACAAUAGACACCGAUGGUUUGGAAGUCAAAUAAACAGUAGCUUUUAGUGAGUAACCAACUGAACCAAAUUAACCAGAUGUAAAACAAACCAGACAAUCCUUUACCCAUAAUAUUAGUAAUUACACUCGGGAGGCCACAGUGUGUUUUGGGUCUGUGGCCCAUUUUGCAGAACAGCCUCACUGUCACUGAAGCAUUUGAGGUGUGCAAAGCCAGAGCUGGCUAACGCUAUGGGUGCCCCAUUUGUGACUGGCUGACCAGGCCACUGUUACAGCAAUCAUGCUCUCCCUUACUGAAGUUGAUGAAGAUUUAGCCUGCAGCUACUAAUAAUUUCACAUCCUUCUGCCCUGCCAAAGGAUCGCCUGACCUGGCAGCUCUCUGGAAUCAUGCUUUAUCAACUAGGAUUAUCUGCCAAGCAAAAAUGAAUAUAAAAAGUUACUAUAAAACACGUGCAGUACCACAAAUACUCUAGGAGCUUCGACAAACUCAUUUUCAUCCAAAGGAGCUAAUCCUGCUCCCAUUUAAGUUAUUAAGAGUCUUUCCAUUGACUUCAUUGGGAGCAGGAUAGUGCCAAGAGUUCUGAGACAAAAAUGGCAAAAGAUGGAAAAAAGAAAUGCAGCGAAAAAUUUAUUAAACUGACAGAACUUUUACAAAAAAAAUUUUUGAUUCAAUAUAAUGGAGGGUGUAAGGCAAGGAACUUAACAUAACCUUCAUUUUUUUUUUUUUUAAUUAAGCUGAGUGCAGAAGUCCUUUAAGUCGGUUACAAGGCAUAUAUAUAGUAAUGGUACUAUGAACAUCAGUCAUUCUUCUGAACUAAUAUUGGUCACUGGAAAAUGUUAGAAGCCCCAUCCCAGAACCUUCAAUGUACAGAACUCCCAUUAAAGUCAACAGGAGCUCUGUUUAUGGAAUGUUUGAAGGCUUGUGAGGGGAGGGGGGUAUCUUUAUUGAUUUCAUUCUUUUAUACAAUGCAGGGAGAUGUAUAUUUUCAAAUUUAUGCAGAGGCUAAGUCUUGUGAUGCAGGGCUAAAAUGGGUCUCCACACCUUGCCAUGGGCAAGACAUGGUGCCCUUGUUAUGUAUGAUUUCUUAAUCUUUUUUUCCCCACAAAGUUUCAAAAUAAUUUAAGAAAAAGUCAGCUUGGCUUAGUAGUAAAGGGGACUCAGGAGCAUAUAUUUAACUUUCACAACAGAAAAUGUCAGAAGUGGCUUGGUCAGAGAUGAUGAACAAUUGAAAGCUGAAGCUAGGUCUUUUUUUCCUUUCUUAAAAGGAAAGGGGGGAAAUGUCUUCCCUUUCCUGUCACCGCCCCCCAGUGACAGCCCAAGUAUAAUUUUAAAUAUAAUGUUGCCUGUAUUUAAACUACUUCUAAUUCUCAGUUAAAAUAAAGUCCUCUUUGUAACAUUUAAAUAAUUUUUACUUUCAGCUCUUAAUACAAUGAAGGGGUUUGGCUCUGUGUGAAGGACUACAUGAAAGCUACCAUCAAUUUGGCAUGACCAGCUUCCAAGUUGCCAAUCUAAAGCUAUUUCACACUAUUAGUCUGAUGUUAGAUUAUUCCAUUUUCAUUUUGUUACGGUAUUAGCCAUGCUAAGUUCAAGUAAUUUGUUUGGGGGACUUCUUGACAAACCCUAUGUGCUGCAUAAGUGAUGUUAUUAAUUCUAUCGGUAGUACUCUUUCCUGCGAGUCAGUAUGGUGUUGGGAGGUACUGUGCAGUGGGAGGUACCUUGUUUUGAGUGAGAUGGAAAACCAAGACCCAAAUAUCUUUGGCUAUUAAAAAUCUCAUGGGAUAUUUCAUAUGGAUAGAAGUGUUAAUCAUGGUUUGUUGGCCUGACCUCAGUUUGAGAAUAAUUCCCACACCUACACUUUCAUUUGGAUAUGCUAUUCUUGUUUAUUGCCUGUUCUGAACCAGCACGUAGUGUUGUUGGAUGCUUCAAAUUGUUGAAGAGUUCUGUCUAAGUGGAGGCUGUUUUUCUGUGAGCAAAUUAUUUCCAUGUUUUGUGAAAUGUUUCAGGAUCUUGUUGAACAAAGGUUUCACCCAUUUGCCUUGCCUCCCAUUUCUUUUGUGGUGAUUUUAUAGUACCAGUGAGUGUGCAAGGCACUCCAUGGAAGAUAUUUUAAAGAAAGCCAGGUCUCUUUUCUUCUCUGGAGAGCAUACAAUAUAAAUGAAAACUUGAGACAAGUGGGAAUAAGGUGUAGAGCAGUAGAGGCAAGAGAUAAGAAAAAAAUUACUUAAUUGAGGCCUACAUGUCUUGGCAGUGCAUGUGUUUUUUGUUGUGUGUGAAUUUGUGCAUUUAACAUAAAAAAAAUUUUUUUUGCAGGCCAUCCUGAAGAAAUGGGUAUUUAGGAGUGAUUUAAAUGAGCUGACAGUGAUGGUUUGGUGAACAGAUAGAUGUUGGAAGGGCAUUCCUAGAAUAAGAGGCAGUGUGGAACGAGGCAUAUGAGAAAAUAUGAAAGGAGAGUAAAAAUCUGGAUGUCCUCAGGUCUCAGAAAUGAGCAGAAAGAGAAGAAAAAGCUGCAAGGGCAGAAAAAGCUCAGAUGCCAGAGAAUAUGAACAUUUGCCAGCCAUUUGUAAAUGCCAGCAAAAUGUAAAAGGCCUUCAAAAUAAAGCAGAUGAGGACCUAGUGGAAAGUAACUUCCCUGAGCCAGUGGACGUGGAGAGGUCCGAAGAAAACAGGAAAGAUCACUCUUGUACACCAAUGACUGGGCAACAGAAUAACUCAGGUGCAUGUGAAGAUAAAGAACAAGAAAAUACAGAUGACUGUGAAAAAGAAGGAGGGAAGGAAAAAGAUUGCCCUCCACCAGCAUUCUCUCAUCAGCAGGAAGAGGUCCUAGCAGUGGUAACCUUCAAUGAAUCAGAAGCCUUAUCAACAGGAAAAAUUACACUGAAGCACAACCCAAGCUCUGCAGAGCCCUUUGAUUUGGCUAGUGAAGUAAUUACUGCAGAAUUAAAAUGUGGUGGUUUUAAUAUGAAUGUAGAAAUUAAAAAGGGCUUAUUUGAUUCUGGAACAAGCAUUGUAAUUGAGAAAAGGAAAUGUCCAAAGAACAGAAAGUGCUAUCGUGACAAGAAAUAUCAGAAAAGCCACUACUCUAAGUGCCGUAAGUGUCAGGAUCCAUCAACUGACCAUUCUAUAGAUGACAAUGAGAGUUACAAGGCAUCUUCUAAACACAAAAUACAAAUUGCCAGCAACAAGAACACCUCACUGAAAGUAAGCAUCAUAGGAAAGGAAAUUAAAGUGAAAUACAACAAUAGAAAGCAGUAUCCAAUAAUUCAUAUCGAACCAGGGGAACACACACAGUCACGGGGCAAAACUUGCAGCAGGAAAUAUGGAAACACUUAUUCCAAUGAUACAGACUAUUCUGUAACAGAGGUAUCUUGCAGCACUGAUUAUGAGUCAGAUUUUAGCCUUCAUGAAAAGGAAGAGUCAUUUACAAACUAUACAUGUCCAGACUGGUAUCUACUUCUUCCUCCACCUGAAGAGUUUGCUGACAGCAAAGAAAUAUGUUUAGAUACCACUACAGAGGUUGCAACCUUACUCCCAAUUAGUGAUAGAAAAGAACCUGACACCUUGCCUGCAGUCUUAUCAGCUUGGGAGGAAGGAAAUCAUAUCUGUAAACAGAAGGAACCUGGGACUGAAGAUCUUGCCAGUGAAAAGGAAGAUUACUGUAAAGACAAGAUAAUUUUCUCAGAAUUUAGUUAUAAUGGAGGUUGUCAUUUAGAUACUAAUGGUUCAAGUGAAAAAAGCUUUGGUAAGGAACCUAUUGAUGAAACCAAUGAAGCAGGGCAAAUAAGAAACAACAGUCUCAUUGACAUAAGGAAUACUAUGAUAGCUUCACACCUGGAGCCAAAAGCAGUUAGAAGAAAGUCUUUUCCAGAUGCCACCAUUGAUGUAUUGUCACCAGUUCACCUCAGAAGAGAUUCUGGCUUUUAUUCAUUGCCAUCUUUAUCCUUAAAAGUACUGCCCAAGCAAGCCAAAGCAGUAGAUGUUUACAGCAAGAAUACUCAGACUCCUACCAGCUGUACAGAACUUUGUAAGUGUUCCAGUCUCACAUCAUUCAGCAGUCUGAGAGCUCUCAAAUCUUAUCAGUAUGCCUUCACCUCUUACAAUCAUGACAUGACCAUUUACCAUUCUGAGCUGGAAGGAAGUAUAGAUGAUGCUUUCUUCUUGACUCACUAUGAAGACUACAUAGGGGACUGUAAAGAAAUGGAAGAGACAUUAGUGGAAACAUUUCAUUCCACUAUCAAUUCAAGUGUAGAACAGAAACUGGAGCAUAGAUACUCAGAGCCUCUGCAGAACCUUGCUGUAUGUGAUGAACACACUGAGUUUACAGAAAGCGGUUUUGAUGAGGAGACACUAGAGAGUGAUCAUCACUUUGCUGUACAAGGCCAUGUUGAAGUACAGAAUAAAGCCCUGAUAUUUCAAGUCCCUUCUCCUUCCAGAAGCUCUUCAAAUGACCAUUUUAGUGACAAAAGCAUAGCUAAUACAGUAGCCAUAGACUGUGUCCAAAGCCAACAUUCAACUUUACAGCCAAGGAAGUAUGUUCAUCCAGCUACUACAGAGCCUGAGGUAACAAUAAAGAAACGGAAAGGAUCAGUGAUGACUGUAAUAACUGGAGAGCGAGAACGAAGGCUUAUCAUUCAAGGCGACAGUAAGGGGAGAGCUGAUUCCUUUGGCUCUGGGAUAAAAAAUGAGCCUAAGCUACCCUGCAGCAUACGAGAAAAAUCAUUUAUGUCCCCUUUGUUGGAUGCUGAGGAGUCAGAUAUAGAUAAUGAAUUACAGAGCUUUUCUGAGAUCCGGGACAUAUCUGGGAAUAUUCCUGAUGAAGCCAAUUUCCAUGAUGAUUCCACACAUAUUACUUCAAUGUCCAGCUCCUCAAUGCAUCCUGAAGAUAAGCAAGUUUUCACUGAGGGUACAUUUACCAAAGAAACAAAAGAGAACCUGUGCAGUGAACAAGAGAUAACAAGCCAAUUAUCUGAUCAUUUAAGAAUAGAGCCUGUAGCAUGUCAGAUAGAGCAGUUAGUUAAAUCCAGCUCUGAAGAAACUGAGAAAAAAUGUGAGACAAAGGAUUGUUGCCAGAACACAGACACACCAAUGUCACCAAGAAAGCAGAUUAGUCAAAAAGAUUUGAAGUCAGAAGUGAAUAAGACCAUAAAGCUACCCGGUGAACCAGUGUUAAAAGAUACAAGAGCCAGUGAUGGCUCCCAGGAAGAAGCAAUAGACCGAUGGGCCAGGCAACGGAAGCAAUUCAAAGACAGUAAAAAGUGCAGUUCAACUGGCGGGAGCUCCAUAACCAGCACAAUCACUGAGAUAUCAAUAAACUCAGAGGAAGCCCGUUCAGUGGAUCUGAGUCUCCGUAGUGAAAAUGAGGAGAGAGGUUUCUACACAGAGAACUUUCAUUCAGCUUCGUGGGUUUUCAGAGGGGAUGACAGCAGUCCGGAUAAUAGCCCUAGAUGUCUCAGCAAAAGGCCUAGGCCAGUAGCAGUUCGUGAACGAACAGUGAGGAUCGCAAAAGGAACUGGUGAUUACCCCUGGGGAUUCCGAAUCCAGUUCUCAAAGCCCAUCCUUGUGACUGAAGUGGAUACUAACAGUGCGGCUGAGGAAGCAGGGCUUCAGGUGGGGGAUAUUGUGUUGGCUGUCAAUGGAACCGACGUCACCAGCAUGCCACAUUCACAAGCUGCAAAUCUGGCAAGAAAGGGCCCUGAUAUCUUGACCCUCUUGGUUGGAUCAGACAUUAGCCGCUGCCCCAACACUCCCAGGCCAACAUGUCGAGGAUAUUUGCACAAGCGAACUCACUCAGGGAUACUGAAGGGCUGGAGGAAGAGAUGGUUUGUGCUGAAACAUGAUGGCUGCCUUCACUACUACAAACACAAGAAGGAUGAAGGAAAGUGCAAACCUCUAGAUGUAACAAAGUUAGAAGGUGCAGAAAUUGGUGUUGACAGCAGCCUGGGUAAACCAUUUGUGUUUAAAUGCAUGCCUCAAACCGGAAACAAGAUUUUCUACUUUUGUGCAACUUCAAACCAAGAGAUGAAGAGGUGGCUGGAGGCUAUGGAUAAAGCUGUGCAUCCUGUCCAUCAGAAUCAUGUAUGGGUAGAUGUCACCCUGCACAACACAAGCCUUCCACCCCUCGCUAUCAAAAACCCAGAGUGUCUGGGUCUCCUCCACCAACUGGAUAAAACCAGGGACGUGUGGACUCAGCACUACUGCAUUCUGAAGGAUGGCUGUUUGUAUUUUUAUGCCGGCAUUCGCUCCACACAUGCCAUAGGUGGGAUUUACCUGCAAGGUUACACUGUAAGCGAACAGUCACUUGGCUCCAGGAGAUCUGUAAUUGAAAUGAAACCCCCAUCCGAAGAGUUUCAAACCUUCUACCUAUGUGCAGAGAAUGUAAAUGAAAACAAACGAUGGAUUACUGCUUUGAAAACCUCAAUUAAUAAAUGGGUAACCCUACACCAGGCCAUUCAAGACUUCAUGAACCGACCCCUGGAAGAGACAAAGAUGUGAAAAAAAAAUCUAGUUUUUCUUCAUACUUUUCUUUAUAAUACAUUUCAAGACAAUAUCUCCCACACAGAUGAUAUUUUAGCAGCAGGUGAACUUUAGCAGUGGUAUGUACCACAUAUCUUUUGUAAACAUUAGUAAAUAAAAGCUAAUUUAUGUUA